ACCGGACGGCAGUUGUGCAGCGACGCCCCCCCCCUCCCGGCGGCGGCGGCAUGGAGGGCAAAGUGCGCAAACAGAUACUGAACCGGCGAGGCCGAAACGCAACACGUUAACUGCGUCAAAACAAUGUUACGACGAGUGGUUUUUGGCGGCUGUGCCCCCGUGACGGGUGACGAUUAGCCGGCUAGCCAACCCGCGAACCUCAGCUCACUUAAAAGCCCGGUUGGCUAGCUUACUUACCCUGAUUUUUUUUUUUAACUCGACGGCAGGUAAAAACGACAUAUUUAGCCGUCGUCGUCCUAAAGUGGAGGGUUUUUUUUUUUUUUGUUUAGUUUUUUUUCAGGAAGGCUCGGGGGUUAAUUUACCCUCGCUCCGGGAGACGAUGGACGUCUGCGGCAAACCCCUGCGCUACGAGCUCCUGUCAGGGGUGGGCGAGGGCUCCUACGGCACGGUGUACAAAGCCAGGGAGGUGGGGGGCGAACAGCGCCUGCUGGCGGUGAAGAAAUUCAACCUCCACAGAGACGCCUCGGACACCGGCAUCCCUGCCUUCGUGAUCCGGGAGGUGGCGCUGCUGCGCAAGAUGAAGUACUUCAACCAUCCCAACAUAGUCAAGCUGCUGGAUGCAUCGGCUGUACCAGUGGACAGGAGCCUUGAUCUCACUCUGGUGUUGGAAUACAUCGAUCAGGACCUGUCCACCUACCUCUCCAAGGUUCCCGCUUCUGGACUGAGCCGUGACUGUGUUAAGGACGUGAUGCUGCAGCUGCUGCGAGGAUUGGACUUCUUACACACGAACAUGGUGCUGCAUCGUGACCUGAAACCGGAAAACGUCCUGGUCAGCAGCCGUGGAGAAGUUAAGAUCGCAGACUUUGGACUGGCGCGCAUCUACACCUAUAAUAUCGCUCUCACCCCAGGUGUGGUGACGCUCUGGUACAGAGCUCCCGAGGUGCUGCUGAACUCUGUGUACAUGUCCUCGGUGGACAUGUGGAGCGCUGGCUGCAUCUUCGCGGAGCUCUUCCUCCUGAGACCGCUGUUUCAGGGAUACACAGAGGUGCAGCAGCUGCAAAAAAUCUUCGAGGUUCUUGGUUUGCCCAGUGAGGAGGACUGGCCCAAGGACAGCCCGAUCUCGUACUCAGUCAGCUGGGGUCCAGAAGUUUCCUGCACCAAGCUGCUGCAAAACCUGGGCCCCUACGAGAACGACCUGCUUGCUCAAUGUUUGGCGUUCAGACCGAGCAGCCGCAUCUCAGCUGCCAAAGCCCUGGCUCAUCCUUUCUUCACGAAGCACUGAGGAUUUCGGUCGAAUGAUGAGCGGGAUGAAGAAAAACACUUCAGCUCCCGCUGCUCUGGAGCUCCCCUACUCGACAGUCAGCUCCAGUGACUAGUCUUGUGCCAUAAAAUCCAUCGUACACUUUGUUCAGAGCAUGGACUGUUCACUAGCAUCAUGAGGACCUUUUGAACAUCAGUACAGUAAAUAAAAAGAAAAAGAGAAAGAGAAAAAAAAAACCACACACACUCAUCAUGCCUGACCUGUAGGUAAUGGUUCUUAUGGCACAAAAAUAAAUCAAAAUGUAUUCAGUUUAUGUUACAGGUGAGACUGUCCAAACUGUCCGGAUGGCAGCCGUUUAUAUCAACACAUAUGUUUUGAUUAAAAUUUUCAAGUCUGUAUUUGGUAAAAAAACAAAAAACAAAAGCAAAACACUGACGCACAUUUUGAAGACUGCUGCCUAACAGUUUUAUUUGGGUAGUUGUAUCGCUCUCUAAAUUUGAUCUGCCUCGAGUAACGGCGAGUUGUUUCCUUGAUUUAAGCCAUUUGUCAGUAUGCUGUGUAGUCCCACAGAGGUACAGUGCGAUUUUGUUCUUGUUGAAUGUUACUACUAAAAAUAAGGAUUCUGUUUUGCUGUAAACUACUGAUAACGCUACUACGGGCACCUUUAUGUUUGAGUUAGUUUAUCUUGUUUCACCAAAGCUGUUUUGUUCUAGACUUGUAUGCAAUGGAGGAAAUGAAAUCCUUUUAUUUUUUGUUAUUUUUGAGAAGAUAUUUAUGGUGCAGUGACUUUGACUAGAUGGCACCUGUAUUUAUGUUUGUAGUGACAGAUUGUACAAGAUUUUCUUUUAUUAUUUAUUUAUUUUUUUUUUAACCACAUGAGUUAUACUGUUCAUUCAAGAAGCAUUUCCAUAAAUAAUUGUCUCUCAGAUCUGUGUCUGCAUUUGAGUGUAACACCACUGGCCCAGAGCUUGUGUGAACCUUUCCCUUGUAAUUCCACACUCUGAAUAGAUGAGGGCAGUACUGAGACGUCUUCGCACCAGGAGAAGGAGGAGGAGGAGGAGGAGGAGGGGUGUCAGUUACACAGGGGCUCCUUACAUUGUGAUGGCCCCACAUUUCAGGGAUAGUUGCAAAAAAAAAAAAAAA